ACCACAACAACAAAGAAGAAGAAGAAGAAGAAGAAGAAGAGCUCCAAGAAGACAAAUACACCAUUUUUGAUCGGUGUACAUAAAGUCUGCAAUGCCCUUACCCUUUGAAGAGUUUCAAGGGAAGGGGAUUUCUUGUUUCUCUUCUUUCUCGUCUUCCUUCCCUCAACCACCGUCUCCGCUUUUGAGCCGCCGCAAAAUAAGAGGCGGCGAAGAAGAAGAGGAAGAAGAAGUUCCCGCGGCGGAGCCUACCUCUGUUCUGGACGCCCUCAUAAGCCCAACCUCCUCCUCCACGGUGUCUUCCUCUCACGGCGGAAACAGCGCCGUCGGAGGCGGCGGCGACGCCACCACCGAUGAGCAAUGCGGAACCAUUGGGUUGGGUGAUUGGGAGCAAGUUCCUCAUGACCACGAACAGAGCAUUCUCAGACUCAUCAUGGGAGAUUCCACAGAUCCCUCUCUUGAACUCAACAGCAUUCUCCAAACCUCUCCCACCUUUCACGACUCUGACUACUCAUCACCCGGAUUCGGAGUCGUCGAUACCGGCUUCGGUUUAGACCACCACUCAGUUCCACCGUCGCAUGUUCCCGGCCUUCUAAUUAACCAAAGUCAAACUCACUACACACAGAAUCCGGCGGCCAUCUUCUACGGCCACCACCACCAUACACAGAAUCCGCCGGCAAAGCGGCUUAACCCUGGUCCCGUGGGGAUAACAGAGCAGCUGGUUAAGGCAGCAGAGGUCAUAGAGAGCGACACGUGUCUCGCUCAGGGGAUAUUGGCGCGGCUCAAUCAACAGCUCUCUUCUCCCGUCGGGAAGCCAUUAGAAAGAGCAGCUUUUUACUUCAAAGAAGCUCUCAACAAUCUCCUCCACAACGUCUCCCAAACCCUAAACCCUUAUUCCCUCAUCUUCAAGAUCGCUGCUUACAAAUCCUUCUCAGAGAUCUCUCCCGUUCUCCAGUUCGCCAACUUCACCUCCAACCAAGCCCUCUUAGAGUCCUUCCAUGGCUUCCACCGUCUCCACAUCAUCGACUUCGACAUCGGCUACGGUGGCCAAUGGGCCUCUCUCAUGCAGGAGCUCGUUCUCCGCGACAACGCCGCUCCUCUCUCCCUCAAGAUCACCGUUUUCGCUUCUCCGGGGAACCACGACCAGCUUGAACUUGGCUUCACUCAAGACAAUCUCAAGCACUUCGCCUCUGAGAUCAACAUCUCCCUUGACAUCCAAGUUCUUAGCUUAGACCUCCUCGGCUCCAUCUCGUGGCCUAACUCGUCGGAGAAAGAAGCUGUCGCCGUUAACAUCUCCGCCGCGUCCUUCUCGCACCUCCCUUUGGUCCUCCGUUUCGUGAAGCAUCUAUCUCCGACGAUCAUCGUCUGCUCCGACAGAGGAUGCGAGAGGACGGAUCUUCCCUUCCCGCAAAAGGUCGCACACUCGCUGCACUCACACGCCGCUCUCCUCGAAUCCCUCGACGCCGUCAACGCCAACCUCGACGCAAUGCAGAAGAUCGAGAGGUUUCUGAUACAGCCGGAGAUAGAGAAGCUGGUGUUGGAUCGUAGCCGUUCGAUGGAGAGACCGAUGAUGACGUGGCAAACGAUGUUUCUGCAGAUGGGGUUCUCACCGGUGGCGCACAGUAACUUCACGGAGUCUCAGGCGGAGUGUUUGGUUCAACGGACGCCGGUGAGAGGCUUUCACGUCGAGAAGAAACAUAACUCUCUUCUCCUCUGUUGGCAAAGGACAGAACUCGUCGGAGUUUCCGCAUGGAGAUGUCGCUCCUCCUGACUCCGCCGGAGAUUCAAUUAUUAAAAAUUUCUUUUACAU